CUGGGCUGACCGGACGCAUGGGGAGAGCUGCCACUCGCACAUUUCAUUUGUCCACCACCGCAUCUUUUGUACUGCAUCACGGACUAUAUUAACUUCUGUGAGGAAAACGUCGUACCCACCAGGACUGUACGGUGUUUUCCCAACAACAAACCCUGGAUUACCCCUGGAAUAAAAGGCUCUCCUGAAGGACAAAAAGAGGGCCUUCAGAUCUGGCAACAGAGAGGAGCUGAAGACUGUACAGAGGGAGCUGAGGUGGAAAAUCAGAGAGGGGAAAAACAGCUACAGGAAGAGGAUGGAGGAACAGCUGCUGCAGAGGAACGUCAGUGGAGUCUGGAGAGGCCUGAAAACCAUCUCUGGCUACAAAGAGCCAGACUCCCAGGUCCGGGGGGACCACCCGAGUGGGCAAACGACGUGAAUAACUUCUUCAACAGAUUUGGAAGAAUCCGACCCAUCCCCCCCUGCUGCACCCCCCACUGCCCCCACUGCCUGGAAAUGGCCCUGUCAUCUCUCCCACCUCUACUCAACCCCGGUCAUCAGCUCACAGACACCUCUCACAUCAGCCCCUGGUUCUUCUCCACCCGCUGACGACACCUUGUCCUUCACAACCAACCAGGUGAGGAGGGAGCUGCAGAAGUGUAAGGCGAGGAAAGCGGCGGGUCCAGAUGGCAUCAGCUCGAGGCUUCUAUUCAACCUGAGACUGAAGCAAGGGAGGGUACCACAACUGUGGAAGACGUCCUGUGUGGUACCUGUGCCAAAGACCCCUCGCCCCAAGGAAUUCAACAGCUACCGGCCGGUGGCGCUGACAUCACAGCUGAUGAAGACCCUGGAGAGGCUGGUCCUUGGACACCUCCGGCCCAUUGUGGCACCAUCAAUGGACCCGCUGCAGUUCGCCUACCAGCCUGCCAUCGGGGUGGAUGACGCCGUCAUCUACCUACUGCAGAGGUCCCUCUCCCACCUGGAGAAGCCUGGGGGGGGCACUGUGAGGAUCAUGUUCUUUGAUUUCUCCAGUGCCUUCAACACCAUCCAGCCCCCGCUCCUGGGGGACAAGCUGCAGCUCUCGGGGGUGGAUCACCACCUCACCACCUGGAUCCUGGUCUAUCUCACCAACCGCCCACAGUACCUGAGGACCAGGGAGUGUCAAUCAGACACCAUCGUCAGCAGUACGGGGGCCCCUCAGGGGACGGUGCUGGCACCGUUUCUCUUCACCCUCUCCACUGCAGACUUCACCCACAACACUGCAACCUGUCAACUGCAGAAGUUCUCUGACAUCUCCGCCAUUGUUGGCCUCAUCACCAACGAGGACGACAGGGAGUACAGGGAGCUGACGCAGGACUUCAUCCUCUGGUGCCAGAGGAACCACCUCCAGCUCAACGCAGGGAAGACCAAGGAGCUGGUGGUGGUUUUCAGACGGUGCCAACACUCCCCCCCCAAUACCAGUGAACAUCCAGGGAGCGGACAUUGAAAUUGUGAAAUCUUACAAAUACCUGGGUGUUCAUCUGAACAAUAAACUGGACUGAUCAUUCAGCUGCUCUGUACAAGAAGGGACAGAGCAGACUCUUUCUGCUGAGGAGACUGAGGUAUUUUGGGGGGCAGGGGGCACUCCUUCAGACAUUCUAUGACUCUGUUGUGGCAUCAGCCAUUUUAUAUGGUGUGUCCUGCUGGGGCAGCAGCAUAUUGGCUGCUGACGGGAAGAGACUGAACAGACUGGUAAGGAAGGCCAGCUCUGUCCUGGGGAGUCCUCUGGACACUGUGGAGGUGGUGGGAGACAGGAGAAUGGCAGCCAAGCUGUCCUUCCUGCUGGACAAUAUGUCCCACCCCCUCCAGGACACCCUGUCCUCACUGUGCAGCUCCUUCAGCGAGGGGCUGCUGCACCCCUGCUGUCACACAGAGAGAUACCGCAGGUCCUUUCUUCCUGCAGUGGUUAGACUUUACAUCAUAUAAUAACUUAGUACUUUUUUCUUAACAUAAGUAAGCUUAAGCUGUCUGUGGCUCUUUCCUGCUGUAACGAUGCAAAUUUCCCGUCUAAUAAUUCUGAUUCUGACUCUGUUUCCUGCGUCUCCUAGUCGUACACUUAGAAAAAGUAACCAGAGCAAAGUCCAAUUUACUACACCUCGAAGAAGUUCUCGUAACGCUAACCCCUCGAUUCCACCGGGUCCGUCUGCGUCGCGGUUUUGGUCCGGCCUCC